UAUUUUUCUGUCAAAAGUCAGUCACUGCCACUGUCAUUUUUUAUAUCAUUUCCAAAUUUUUUUAUCUUUGCGGCGAGAGGGACAGGGGAAAAUAACAAAAUAAAACGGUCAAAGCAUGGCUCUUUCAAGACUUUCUAAUCAGAUACGCUUGCGAGCUGGUGCCGCAACAAUAUUCAGGAUCUAUAAAGAAUCUUUUACUCCUCAAAUUGCGAAUAUGGCUGAUUUUCGAAUUGAGAAAGAUACCUUUGGAGAAUUGAAGGUACCUUCCGACAGGUACUAUGGAGCCCAGACAGUUAGGUCUACUAUCAAUUUUCCCAUUGGAGGAGAGUUUGAAAGAAUGCCCUACCCUGUCAUCACGGCGAUGGGAAUUUUAAAAAAAGCAGCGGCACUGGUCAAUAAGGAAUUUGGUUUGGAUGCGAAAGUAGCAGAUGCCAUAUCCAAGGCAUGCGACGAAGUUAUAUCUGGAAAACUAUACUGCGACCAUUUUCCACUCGUAAUCUGGCAAACAGGAUCUGGAACCCAAACUAACAUGAACAGCAACGAAGUUAUUAGUAAUAGAGCCAUUGAAAUUUUAGGCGGAAAAUUAGGAUCAAAAACCCCUGUCCAUCCCAACGACCACGUAAAUAAAAGCCAGAGCAGCAACGAUACUUUUCCAGCUGCCAUGCAUAUCGCUACAGCAAUGGAAAUUGAACACACGCUAAUGCCCGGUUUAAAAAUGUUGGCUGAAGGAUUAAAGAAAAAAUCCGACGAAUUUAAAGACAUUAUCAAAAUAGGAAGGACGCACACGCAAGACGCCGUACCUUUAACUUUAGGACAAGAAUUUAGUGGUUACGAAACACAGAUUAGGUUUGGAAUUGAAAGAAUUAAGGAUACCUUACCCAGACUGAGAAUGCUCGCUUUGGGAGGUACAGCUGUAGGAACAGGAUUGAACACUAGGAAAGGUUUCGCCGAAAAGUCUGCCGCCAAAAUCGCAGAAUUAACCGGUUUACCGUUUAUUACUGCCCCAAAUAAAUUCGAAGCUUUAGCGUGUCACGAUGCCAUAGUAGAAGUUUCUGGAGCCCUAAACACUGUAGCCUGUUCGCUGAUGAAAAUCGCCAAUGACAUCAGAUUCUUGGCUUCAGGUCCACGCUGCGGUCUCGGCGAACUUUCUCUCCCCGAAAACGAACCUGGAAGCUCAAUCAUGCCCGGCAAAGUUAACCCUACUCAAUGCGAAGCCAUCACCAUGGUUGCCGCCCAAGUAAUGGGCAACCACGUCGCCUGCACAAUCGGCGGAUCUAAUGGGCACUUCGAACUCAACGUUUUCAAACCUAUGAUGGUCGCUAACGUACUUAGAUCGAUCAGACUGAUUGGCGAUAGCUGCAAAUGUUUCACCACCAACUGCGUCGUUGGAAUCGUUGCUAACAAGGAAAACAUCAAUAAGUUAUUGCACGAAAGUCUUAUGUUGGUAACCGCAUUGAACCCACACAUCGGUUACGAUAAGGCAGCUUUGAUCGCCAAGACGGCCCACAAAGACAAAUCGACGUUGAAAAAGACGGCUGUGAAACUGAACAUUCUCACUGAACAACAGUUCGACGAGUGGGUCAAACCCGAAAAUAUGUUGGGUCCUAAGUAAAUAAUAAACACAUCUGUAUAUUUUAAGUUUUGUUUCGCUAUAAGUAUUUCAGUAUUUAUUUUUAUUUACAAAUAAAUGUUUUUCUUUUUCGAUUAUGUGUUUUAAGUAUUAAACGAUUUCUGGUCUCGUGGGUGGGUAUGUUUGUAGGGGCAAGCUGGCGUUUUUGAUCCUCAUUCCUUGUCUUUUGUAACCAAACGCUGCUAGAAUAACGUGAAUGGCGGCGUCGACGGUUUUUUUGACCUCUUGUUCGGUACCCAAACUCGGGUUGACUUCUACGAGGUCCAUGGCUCCUAGCCUUCCUGUAUCGUGUAUCUUUUCCAUAAUAUGGACACCUUCUCUCAAUGUUAGACCGCCUCGA